GGAAGGGAGAGGAUACCACUGGUGUGUGCCAACUCUUCCCAAGAGGAAAUGAAGAGAAAGAAGCUCUGCCUGAGAGAGAGAGAGAGAGAGAGAGAGAGAGAGUGAGAGGAAGAGAGAGAAAGAGGGAGGCAGCGAGAGAAUCACACACUAUAUUCCAAACAUAGAGCCUACGCUGCAUCUGAGAAGGAUACUUCUGCAAGAGACGCUCAUGGAGUGAGUGAGAGAGAGAGAGAGAAAGAGUGUGAGAGAGAGAGAGAGAAUGAGAGAGCAAGCGUAGGUUUUUCUCUGUCGCUGCCGGCACUCUCACGCCGACGCUCACAGAGACACAUGCGCACACACACACACACUCUUUCUCCCACACUGGAGAGCGGCUGCUGCUAUGUGUGUGUGCGUGUGUGCUAGCUUCUGUUUCUUUUUGUGUGCACGCUGGGGAUUGUUCUCUCUGUCCUGGAGAGACGACUGACUGACUUACCCCCACCUCCCUCCUCUUUCUCACACACUCUCUCUCACACAGACACACACACACACACACACGCGCGCGGACACAUACACACACGCGGACACACAGUCUGCUGAAGCUUCCUGUGUGUUUGUGUCCGUGGGAUUGCCACGGAGAAGUGGUCCUGGGAAACCAGACCAGAGGAGUUAGAGGAAGAGAAGAGAAGAGAAGGAGGAAGAGAAGAGAAGGAAGAAGAGAAGAGGGGGAGAGAAGAGGAGAGAGAGGAGGAGAGAGAGGAGGAGAGGAGAGGAGGAAGAGCCUGCCGCGCUAGCGGAGCAACACUCUGGAGAUGCACAGCAGGAGCAGUAGUGGUCCUGACUGACUGACUGACUGGCUGAGGUGCCCGUGUGUGUGCCCGAUCCGGUGCCCGUGGUGCCUCUGGUUCAUCCUCCUCCUGCGUUGGCAUUGGGUGCAGCUGAGGUCCGGCGCUGGCUCAGGCUUCGGGGCUGUGGGCUCCGCCCAGCAGGAUGGCCACCAUGCCCUUCGUCAGCGAGGGCAAGUGUGUGAGCGUGGAAUGGGACUUCCUGCAGGGGCUACUGGCCAAGCCCCCCACGCUGCCCUGCCUGCAGAACCUGCGGAAGGAGAAGUCUCGUAACGCGGCUCGUUCCCGCCGGGGGAAGGAGAACUUCGAGUUUUUCGAGCUGGCCAAGAUGCUCCCGCUGCCGGGCGCCAUCACCAGUCAGCUGGACAAGGCCUCGGUCAUCCGGCUGACCAUCAGCUACCUGCACAUGCGGCACUUCGCCAGCCAGGGAGACCCACCCUGGAACCCCCUGCUGGAGGGGGAGAGUAACUGCGCCAAAGUGCGGCGGACGACCCAUUCCUUGGCUUCGGACAUAUUUGAACAGCAUCUUGGAGCACACCUGUUGCAGUCGCUGGAUGGUUGUUUUGUGGUGAGCCAGGAGGGGAGAUUCCUGUACAUCUCAGAGACUGUGUCCAUAUACCUGGGCCUGUCACAGGUGGAGCUGACGGGCAGUAGUGUGUUUGACUACAUCCACCCAGCUGACCACGUGGAGAUGGCCGAGAGGCUGGGCAUCAGGCCACACCUACGGGCGGAGGCAGGGUGCCAGGUGACCAAUGAGAGUGCUUCCAGCUCAGCCUCCACGCCCUCAUUGGCUGGGACCCCAGAACCAGGCCCGUCCAGUCCCCUGACCCCUGCUGAUGAACGCUAAAUCCACGUCAAGUCUUCCGGCUACAAGGUGAUCCACGUGACGGGUCGGAUUCGCUGUCGCCCGGCGCUGGUGCCUAGCUCCGGCCGCUCGCUGCACCGGCCGCUGGGAUUGGUGGCGCUGGCUCACACGCUCCCGCCCUCCACCCUCAACGAGGUGCGCAUGGAGAGCCAGAUGUUCGUCUGCCGGGUCAACAUGGACCUGCAGGUCACCUACUGCGAGAACCGGAUCUCUGAGUAUAUGGACCUAUGCCCUGCGGAGGUGGUGGGGCAGACCUGCUACCAUUUCAUCCACGUGGAGGACCUGGAGAACAUCAGGCAGAGCCACGAAGACUUGUUGCGUAAGGGCCAGGUGGUGACGGGUUACUACCGCUGGCUGCAGAGGAGGGGGGGCUACCUGUGGGUCCAGUCCUGUGCCACCGUCUCCAUCAACCACAAGGCGCCCCACGAGCGCAACAUCAUCUGGGUCAACUACGUCCUCAGUCGUACUGAGCUGCCUGACAUGGCGUUGGAUUUACUACAACUCCCAGAAGGCCUCAGGGCAGAACGACUGGAGCGUGCCAGCUCAUCCCCUCAUAACAUCUCCCCAAAGGCUCCAGGCGCUCUGAAAGCAGGCAAACUGGAGUCGGAGCUGAAACAAGCCUACGCCCACCCGCCUUCCAGCCAAUCAGAGGAGAGGAGGGAAGGGGCCACGUCGACCACAGCCCCCUCCCAUGGUUUCUCCGCCCUCAUGGACGAUCGGGGUGCUGAGAUCCCCACGUGGCGCUGGCCCGGCGGGUCGGGUGGCGGACUUCGAGCUGCUCCAGGACUGACCCGGGCCCUGCCUUCGACCACGCUGCCAAGCCAACCUCCUCCUCCUCCCCAGCACACACACCACCACCACCCACACCACCCACACCACCACCACCACCCGGCGGCUGCCUUCUUCCCGCACCUCCAGAGGAUCGCCGCGCUGCCCCCCUUCAGCGGCUUCUCGGCCAGCGAGGCGGCCUUCUCGGCCGGCCUGCCCUUCUGCAUGAGUGGCCUCAGGGGAGCCACAGAACCCGAG